AUGUGGUCUGGAGAUGCUCAUUAUUCAGAUUCUCAAUUCAUUCAGAUAAGCAUGACAUGCCCAAUUCAUUUUUUCCGUGAUAGAUGCCAUAACUGCUCAUGGCAAUACCGUGAACUUGGAGAUAGAUCGAAUCCAGAAGCCGUCAUUUUACUUCCUGGUAUUAGAGAAACCGUCAGCUCAUAUUUCCAUUUAAUGCCUGCUCUUAAUAGUCGUGGAUAUAGAGUUGUUUCUGUUUCUUUUCAAAAUUCGCCAAAUUACAUCUAUUUAACAGAAGGAUUUAAUGAACUUAUGCUUCAUCUACAAAUAAGAUACGCUCAUUUUGUCGGUAAUGAUUUGGGCGGUUUCAUUGCUCUUCAAAUUGCAUCAGCACCAAAGAAGGUUUUCUUAACUAAAUCUAUUACAUUGAUCAACUCUUACGCAUCCAAUCAGCAAUUCAAGGGCGGAAGCUUCAAUUCAAUUAAGCUUCUUAAACUAUUUUCUGCAAAGUCAGAUUUAUUGAAAGAAUUCGAAAAAUUCAACGUUUAUCAGAACCCAUCUCAAUCACUACUAUUCGUUAGUCAUGAAGUUGAAACGAUUUCUUCUGAAGACGCAAGAGUUCGAGUUGAACUCAGACAAUCACAUGCUUUACCACUUGAUGUGACUAUCCCAGAUAAAGCAAUCAUGGUUAUUGACGUUUCAAACAGAAUUAUUCAAUAUUCAGAAGAUUCUGAUCCAAUGAAAAAAUUCCCUGAUGCAAUCUUAUCAAUUAUGAAAGAAGGCGGUGACUGGCCUCAUUUGGAGGCUCCUCAGGAUCUUAUUCAGUAUUUAUUGGUCCAUUUAAGGAAAUGGACAGAAACAAUGAAAAUCGAUGAACAACAAGCAGAAUCUACACAACAGUAA